AUGUCUGCUUGUGACGCAUUCGUCAAGUCAUUUUAUAAGCAAUGUUGUAAUCAUUCGGAGAAUGCUCAAGAGGAUAAAUCAAAACAUAUAGCAACACAUCAUCUUGUCGAGGUGUUUGAAAAUCGGAUAAAGCCAAAGUUUUUACAAGAAACACAUCACCUUCUCAAUCCGCGUGCCAAGGGUCGUUAUGCUGAUCCAGAAAAAGACAGCGAAGUCUCUAUAAAUCAGGCUUGGAAAAAUGAUGAGGAUGGAUAUAAUUCAGUUGAUAUUAUCGAAUGGGCUGUAGAUUCAGGCACUGAAUCCUCUGUCAAGGAAAUAUUUUCCAAGGUUAUUCCUGUCAUUCUUCUUAUUGCAGAUGACUAUGACGUGCUAUUCAAAUGUCUCAAAUAUUUAUCUGAUGAUCGUGACCUGGGGUUACUAGAAGUUACAUAUCCGUGCUUAAUUGAUCUCAUUGUGAAAACAAAGAAGCCAGAGAGCAAGGAAAGGAUAAUAUUGCUUGAGAAGGUGUUGACACAUGGAGUGUUGCUUGGGAAUAGACAUGCUGGACAUAAGCCAGCGUUCCUCCUGGUGUUGUUGCAACCUGUGUCGACGCUUUACAAAAAAAUCGGGUUGGUUGGAACGCGCUACUUAAAGGAAGUACUUUCUAUAAUAUGUCAUGGGCUUUCUGUCUUACCGCAUGCAAAUGGAGAUAAUAACCACUGCGUUCCAAAGUUAAUUAUUUGGUGUAGUAUACCGAAAUACAAUGGCAUGAUUUUGAGAGCUCUUGCAGAAGCAUGGCUUGUAUACAAGGAUCUACAAGGCGAGGAAACCAAAGCCAUAUGUAAUUUACUUCAGAAGGACUAUCAGAUACUGGAUGCAAUCUGUCACGACCUACUCAAGAUGCCCUUUUACAAUUUAACAACAGCUUAUAUCAACUGGUAUCUUCCAGUGAUUUACAAACAGUAA